ACUAUUGUUUAACUGUUACAUCGAUGUUUCAAAUAUAUUUAUACUGUAGAGUACCUUUGAAUGAGGCCUCUUUCUUAUCAAAUUGCUUGUACUAAGUUAAUACAUUUAUUUAAGGUGAAAUGUUCUGUCAAUAAGUUGCCUACUCAGUCUGCCAAGCUAACAUCAGCAGCUAUGAAUAAAUAUGUCGAUUCGCCGGGUACCCGUUAGCAAAACCGCUAGCGUUAAUCUUAACACCUUCGGUUCUAACUCUCGAAAUGGGCCAUUGAAAUAUCAUUGUGAAUGUACUUUAGACAGAAAACAAUUCUAGUUUUUACAAUAACUCUUAAAAUAUGAUGGGAAACUUUUGCUAACUGACGUCACCCACGGCAAACAGAAAGCGAACCGUGCCCUGUUUCCUUUGUGGAGGAGACAAAAAAAGAAUCGCAGGCAGGCCUUCACCAAGCCCCGGAGCAGCGGUCUGGACUGGAAGCUUACGCCGACAGGACGUCAGAGUUUCCCUGGAAACAAAAAACUUGGCAGCUGUUCAGCCGAGACACAUGGUGAGGAAGAUGUUAAUCCACUCAGACUGAGCAACAACCGCAAAAGGACCCGUGGACACCAUGGGCCUGCUGUCUAUUCUUCGGAGACUAAAGCAGUCACCAGAGCAGGAGGUGCGCUUACUGCUGUUAGGGUUGGACAAUGCCGGCAAGACCACUCUGCUCAAACAGCUGGCAGCUGAAGACUUCAGCCACAUCACCCCCACACAAGGCUUCAAUAUAAAGAGUGUGCAGUCUUCCGGGUUCAAAUUAAACGUUUGGGACAUUGGAGGGCAACGCAAGAUUCGUCCCUACUGGAGGAAUUAUUUUGAGAACACCGAUGUACUGAUCUAUGUGAUUGACAGCUCAGACAGGAAAAGAUUCGAAGAGACAAGUUUGGAGCUUGCCGAGUUGCUGGAAGAAGAAAAGCUUGCAGCUGUGCCGCUGCUGGUGUUUGCCAACAAGCAGGACCUGAUGACAGCCUCUCCGGCGUCGGAGCUGGCGGAGAGUCUUAACCUGCACACAAUCCGGGAUCGCAUGUGGCAGGUGCAGGCCUGCUCAGCACUCACUGCAGAAGGAGUGCAGGUAAAUACAGUGUGGCAUGCAAACACAGAUAAACAGAGGUCGAGACGGAUUGAGCUGUUGAGUAACAACAACUGUGUUUUGCGGUCAGUUUUUGUACCCGGAAUAGGGACAUUUGCUGCUUUGACGUCAUAGGAAUAAGAGAAAAUAUGGCGAGUUCUGUUAAUCAUAUACAAUUAUUCACGGUAGCUUUCUAUCAACCACUUUGGCCUGUAUUUACAAUUUACUGAUAUCAAUACCCUGUUAUUAAAUAGAACUACUGCAAUGCUCCUUACAGCAGGAAUGUAGUUAUCAUCUUGCUGCUUCCUACUUCUACAAACACUCCUGAAGUGUACUCAGAACUGUCUUGGUCUUACACAUUUUCAAAGUAUUGGUCUUGCCAAUACUUUGAAAAUGUCGCUCUGCCAAUACAUUGGCAUACAUUUACCUGAUCGCUCUUGGAAGUGCUGGUCUCAAGAAAUUUUCUCAAGAUCAUGCAGGAUUGCAAAUGCAACCUCCUAUUUUUAUUGCAACUUUUACUUAGAGGCUCAGGGGUCAAGAGGAUAAAAGACAGUUUGUUUUUAAAACAAUAUCCAACCCCCAUGAGGAAAUUUUUUGGUGAAUAGCCUGUUUUGUCUAAACAACAUACAUUUCGAGUUAAAAAGUGAAAGAUUAAGAGAAAAAAGACUUCCACGAAUGCUGUGGCUAAAAGAUGACAGUCAGAUGACUAACAUAGUCAGAUUUUAAUGUCUUUGUUAUGUUAGAGCUAAAAGUGAACUGGAAUUAUAAGCAAACAAUGUUCAGGUUUCAACAUAUAUUUCUGGGCAAAAUGAAUUAAAUCAUGGAUCCAGAAAAGAAACAUGGAAGAAGUCGCUCUGGUUAGAUGAGACCAAAUUAUAAAUGCAUUCAAAACGUUUUGUGCAGAGGAAAACUAACACUGCAAAUUAAGCCAUGCCAGUAGCAACAACAUACAAUGAGGAUUAAGAUUUCAUUUUUAAAACUGAGGACCUUUUAUUUUCUUUAACAUCACAAAAGAUGCAUUACUUUAUGUUUGCCAAAGUUAAGAUUGGAUUCAAAACAAUUGAGAUUAAUGUGACAAACUGAAAAAGUAUUACUUUGACAAGGUUCUGUAUACCAAUAAUAAUGAAUAAUUUUGGUUCUUUUCUCACCUUUA